UGUCUGCACAGUUCUGGCGGGGGGCAGCGAGCCCUCUGCGGAGCUGCUUUCCUGGGGAUGGUGAGCUCUCUGCGGAGCUGUUUCCUUGGGGACGGAGAGCCGCUGUCUGCUCCCGUGUUUAGGUAGAUGGGGAGGGUGUGGAGUUGUGAUCUAACUGGCUGCCGCUCAGCAGCAGCUGAAACGCUAUUGCGCUUGUGACUGUGACUAGGUCACUGAGUCGCCUGCUGGGCUGCCGCCUCAGAGUGAGUGAGGACUCGCCGGAUUCUGGGGCUCUUAUUCGUCGAGAAAGAAUCCGACGGGAAGUUUAUGGCGAAAAAUAGCAGCCGGCAGUGAAACGGAAGAUCCGCGCGACAAGGCUUGAUGGCGCGCUGAGUUUCUGUGGAGCGAUGAGGUUUGAGAAUGUGCAGCGGCAGGUUUUAGACAAGGAGCAGCCGGCGGAGGUCUAUCUGGGCCGGCAUUUAAAUUGACUCAACGACGGAACAGUGAAAAGGUCUGGCGCCCUGGUGAGAGGAGUGGCCAUCGCGGAGAGGUAGAUUUUAAAGAUUGAUUAUCUCCACUGCCUGACGUCAGGAAGGGUGUUCACAUGGGCUUAGGAAAAAGGUUGUGCCAAGCUACAUUUCAACUGAGGCCAUUUCAAUGGUAGGAUGCCAAAAUUAAACAGCCAAGGACCUCAACUGGAGAUGUAGUUAUCUACUAGCCCAAUACCAUGAACCUAUGCUUGGCCAUGUAAGAUGCAGUCAAGGCCCAAUUGUACAGAAAAUAAGUUUGCUUCAUUUACUUUUAACAAAGACUUUCAGAAACCACCUCGACUAUUUUAUGAAGCUGAGCAGCAACCAAUGAAUUUGCUUGCAACACUGGAGGUCAAAGCAGAACGCAGGUUUAAAUGGAGUGGAUAUCUUUUUGCGUGGAAAGCAAAACUGGGCACCCUGUUUUUGGGUGUAAUAAUACUAUGCCUAGUAAUGGCAUCUUAUAUUUUAACCAGAAACCAACAGAGACUACUGCUCACUCCAUCGCCAUUCCAAUACAGUACCAGCACAAAUAGUAACUUCCUAGAACUGGACUCGACAGAGUUUGAGGAUGACACCGAUGAGCUUUCCUCUCCACUAAAUUGGAUUGGAAGUACUAAUUAUUUAAAAUCUGAACUCAUUAUUAAAACCCGCAAUUUCAAACUUCAACUCACGCCAAGAAGACUGCCAGAGUGGAAUGAUCUUAUCAAAGAAGAAGCACAUAUAUUUUCAGUUAUUCCAAGGAGGUUUCUUCAGAAUGUAAAGAAUCAUUGUUGGUACAUGAAAUAUACGGGAACUGCAUCAACAGACCCCUACAAGAAUAAUGCAUAUUUUUUGCACACAAAGCAUUUCCAAAUGAUAUUUGAUUACCUGAGAAAGGUCAUUUGGAAACAUUUGCAACACCACGAUGGUGAACAUUAUCGCCUCCGCUGUCUUCCAUAUUUCUACAUAAUCGGACAGCCAAAGUGUGGGACUACUGAUCUGUAUAACAGACUUAGACUGCAUCCUGAAGUGAGCUUUUCCAUUGUCAAAGAGCCUCACUGGUGGACAAGAAAAAGGUUUGGGAUCAUUCAGCCCUGGAAUGGAUUCCAUGGCCGCUAUCUAAUUGAAGAUUACUUGGAUUUGUUUGAUCUAGCAGCACAUCAGAUUCAGAAUCAGAUAUCCAAUUCAUCUGCUGAACAAGAAAUGGACAGCAAUAUGAUUAUUGGUGAGGCAAGUGCUUCCACGAUGUGGGAUAAUAAUGCAUGGCAGAGUUUCUAUGGUCGCACAGCUAACAGUGAGCCGCCAUAUUUAAUUCAGGAUUUCCUACAUGCAGUUCUGCCAGCUGCUAAGCUUAUUGUUAUGCUCAGAGACCCUGUUGAGAGGCUGUAUUCUGACUACUUGUACUUCAUAAGUGCUAACAAAUCUGUGGAGGAUUUUCAUGAAAAGGUGAAAGAUUCUCUGCAAAUAUUCGACAGCUGCCUCAUGCACUCUUCCCUUAGAUCCUGUGUGUACAACUGCACUGUGAACUCUGCCAUGCCUGUACGAUUGCAGAUUGGGUUAUAUGCUGUCUUCUUGUGGGACUGGUAUGCUGUUUAUAACCAAAACCAAUUUCUUAUUCUCCGGCUGGAAGAACAUGCAGCUGAUGUAAAGAAUAGUAUGGACAGGGUCUUCAGAUUCUUGGAUCUAGGAAAUUUGACAGAGAAACAGGAGGCAGCCAUUAUAAACAACCCAGCAUCAAAUACCAGACGUCCCAAAGACAAAAGCCUUGGGCCUAUGUUACCAGAAACCAGGAAGAUUUUAGAGGAAUUCUACAGACCCUUUAAUGAACAGCUGGCUUUGCUACUUAACAACGAUUCUUUCUUGUGGGAAAAAUAAAUACAGACCAAAUUCACAAAGCUGAAAAAUAUUAACUGUUUUAUACUUUGUGGUCCUGAAAUAUUCAACAGUACAUUGACAGUAGAGUUGAAAAUUUAGUUUUUGAGUUUAUUUUUAAACUCUUACACGAAGACUUAAUCAAAAUUCAACAAGUGUCUUGUUUAAAGUUUAACCCUCAUGAUUUUAACGAGGAACAUUUUCCAAAUUCCUUCACGUAACAUUUCCAUGGAAUAUUUAGGAUUAUAUUAUUUGACACUGUGAUAAAUUCAAAUUCUUAAUCUGUGUACUUUUUAAAAAAUGUAAUCCCCAUGUGAUUUUAAAUAUUUUGUAGGAGUUUCAAUUACAUGUGUAUUUGGUAAAAUUGAAAUAUUCAUAAAUGUCUUCUAAUAUUGCUGCCAAAUAUAAAUAAUGAGAUUUCAAUAAUGGUGCCUACUUUAGUCUUCCAGUAACUUAUAUAGUACAUAACUUCAUAAUAGUUUGCUACAGGAGUUCCUAUUUGUGUCGUUGUUCAUCUUACCACUCCCUGUUGUUUUAUAUCUGAGAACUAGAGUUUGAGAAGCAUCAUCUCCAAUAACUGUUCUAAAAAAAAUAUCAGUUUCAUGUCCUGUUCUUUGCAUGUUUUUAAUCAAACAAUUGUGUUGUUUUAUUCUGGUUGCUUCUAAACAGAUGAAUGAUUGAAUUAUUACAUCUAUGGGACCAAGCUAGACAAAAUGCAGUUUUUCCACCUGGGUUCUGGUGCACGGCAGGCCUCUUUCAGUGUGUUUCACUCAGUGGUUGGUACACACUGAAGCUUUAACUGCAUAUUAUAGAAAAAUAUCCAUGACUGACUUACGCAGGGAAGCAAUUUUCUGUUCAAGUUUGCAAUGUUAGGAGUAGCAGUGCCCCCUGUUGUUAAAAGGUUGCUAUUUGGAAAAUCCAUUCAGCUCUAUGCUGGCUCAAAGGAAACUCAGAUAUUUGUAAUAAUGGAUACAAAUUCUAUAAUGAAAUUAAAAAAAACACCCUACAGAGUCUUGUUAGCUCCAAGGAGAAAAUACUGAUUUAUUAUUCUUUGCGACUCUUGAACAUUUUUAACCAAUGAGGACCUUUAGUUUAAUUGGUGAAAUAUUUAUAUUUUUGAGAGUACUAAUAUUUUUCUAAGAUAAUUUUUAUGUUCAACUAGGUAACAGCACUAGAACAAUGCUUGUCCCUGUUACUCAGUCCGUUACUUCCAGGCCAUUUCCGAAGUAAAACAGUUUAUUUUUUCAAGUUUUCUCUCAAAAAUUAACGAGAGUUCAUUACUGAAGAACUAGUUUAAAAAUAAGUAAUCCCUGGUUAAACAUAAUAUCACUAAUAAUUUCAUAAUUCUAGUAUUAGAAUGGCUCUGCUUUGUCCUUGGGACAGACUAUUAGUGACAUCCUGUGUUACAGACAGUUUUCAUACUCCGCAUCGUACAUUCGAUUGAGAUUGCACAAAUUCAGUUGUUUUGACCUUUCAAUGGGCAGAGUGAUUAUUAAUCCUUUGAUCAGGUUUGCAUUUGAAGGCAAGUGCCAGAGGUUUAAGGAUAGAGUAGUAGAUUUAUGUACAGUUCCACUUUUCAUUUUGCACUCCUUUCAAACCAUUCAUUUUUAAUUGUUUACUGUAUAUUCUAAGGUACUUUGUGGAAAAAAUCAUAAACCUCCUUUAAGUUACUAUGCAAUAUUAUUGUCACAAUUCAGUUUGUCCAAUGUUAUUUUUGGUUCUGUUCUGCUGUCUUUGAUCAUCAUUGUUUGGUUUUCUGUUGCUAAUUGUGAUAACUGACAGCUGUGUUCUUGUGGACUACCUUCCUAGUUACUGUCUCAUUCUACACCACCACCUUUUGGACGGCUCGAUAUUUAGUCCACUCCAACACAUAGAAAACAGAUCUAUUAGAUAACAGAGAGAGAGAAAGAGGGAAAAGAGAAAGAGAGAGAAGUAUUUGGUUAAUACCUCCAGAGACAGAGACCUAUUAGGAUUUGAAGCCUUUAUUAAGUUAAACACCAUUUUUUUCCAUUUAAGAAUUAGCAUUCACCCCAGUGAGCAUUUGAGUUCAUUUUAAAUGUUAAUUUGAAAUUACUUCUGGACCAGUUACAUAAAGAAGUGAAUUUUUGUUAAUUUUAUUCUAUUUUUCUCUAUUUUAAAAUCUAAAAACUAAUAUGAAAUGUGUGAUGACUAUAUUGUGAUACAAAGUUAGCAGUAUUACACCUACACAAGUGGAAAUAAAUGCUGACAUCCCUGCCCUAAAAAAUGUGCUGAUGGCAUCCAUGUUACAAUGCAACUAGGGAUGGGCAACAAAUGCUGCUUUAGCUGCUGACGCCCAAAAAUAAAAAAAAUGUAAAAGGUUUCUUGCAUAGUUUCAAGACAUCAAGCCAUUACUUUCUUUGGUGCCAUGUAAUUACCUAUGUUAUCCAUCGUGGAUUUGCUAAUUAUAUGGACUUUUUUUCCAUAUAAACACAAUUAAUCUAACUCCGGAUUAAAGAAGAUGAAAGUAUUUUCAUGUGGAAAUACCCUGCAUUGCUCUAUGAAAAACAGUAAAGUAUUUGCAGAUGAUUCUUGUGCUAAUGACUAGAUUUCCAUUCAGGGUUAUGAGUAUUUAAGUGGGAAUGUAAACCAACUAUAGUAUGAGAACUGUUUAGUCAUAGUUCCUUGCAAACUGUAGGGAUGGAUAUUCGUGACUUUCUUGUGGCUAUUUUCCUGUCAGAUCGGGAAAGGUGAUGAAAUAAAGGCUUCAGAUUAAAUUACAAACAUAUAUCUGGGGUGUGGAUUUUGGAGUUGUCAGGUUUGAGGAGGAAUGUUGCCAAUACUUGACCCUGCUGUGUAUAAGAUGAUGAGAAGCAUUGAUCAUGUAGAUAGUCAGAGGCUUUUUCCCAGGGCUGAAAUGGCUAGCACGAGAGGGCACAGUUUUAAGGUGCUUGAAGGUAGGUACAGAGGAGAUGUCAGGGGUAAGUUUUUUUACACAGAGAGUGAUGAGUGCGUGGAAUGGGUUGCCAGUGACAGUAGUGGAAGCAGAUACGACAGGUUCUUUUAAGAGACUCCUGGACAGAUAUAUGGAGCUCAGAAAAAUAGAGGGCUAUGGGUAACCCUAGGUAAUUUCUCAGGUAAGGAUAUGUUUGGCACAGCUUUGUGGGCCGUAGGGCCUGUAUCGUGCUGUGGGUUUUGUAUGUUUCUAUGUUUCGAUGCUGUUUCAAACAAGAUCUGGCCACAUGUGGGACGGGGCCUCCUUGUUAGACUCAUAGAGUGUUAUAGAAGUACAACACGGAAACAGGCCAUUCAGCCCAUCUAGUCUGUGCCGAAACCAUAUAAACUGUUCCCAGCCUCCAACGGUAAUAUUAUUAAUUAACAUCAGUUUAUGCAUGUCAGUUCAUAGAACCAUUUCCCCCCGCAAAGAAAUCCAACCUUUCUAAACUGAUGGGUUCACAUCUAACUGGUGAGGUCAUUUCCUGUGAUGAGCUCUCCAUGACAAUGGAUGAUGUAAUCAAUGUCAGACUUCACUAGGUAGUGCACAGUAGGACUGACGCCCACAAUAAAUGAUCUACAGGUGAUGAAGCUUCUUUUCCUCAGGAUUUAUGAAGACCCAAACUUUGGAAGUAAAUUAAUCUGUUCCUUUGAUGCCUAAAGAAAUGCAUCUAUUUCUAUCAUUCAAAGCAACACACACAGAGAAAAUGCUGGAGGAACUGAGCAGGUCAGGCAGCAUCUAUGGAAAUGAGUAAAUGGUCGAGACCCUUCAUAAGGACUAGAAAAGGACGGGGAAAACACCAGAAUAAAGCGAUGGGGUGAUAAUGCAAGCAUGGGCCCUUUGGCCCAUCACAACCAUACUGACCUAAUUGCCCAUCUACACUAUUCUCAGUUGUCAGCAUUAGGGCUAUAUCCUUUAAUGCAUUCCUAGUCCUGAUUCAGGAUCUCAUCCUGAAAGAUUACUCAUCUCUUUGCCUCCCCAGAUGUUGCCUGACCUGAUGAGUGUGCUUGUAGCUCUGUCUGUCCCUGGCCUAUUUAAGUAUCUGUCAAGCGCCUCUUAAACAUAGUGAUUGCAUGGAGCCCACGACCUCUGUUGGCAGUUCAUUCCAGACGUCAAUCACACUCAGCAAAAAGUUUAUCCCUACCUACCUUAAGGUCCCUUGUAAAACUUCUCUCAUCUUAAAACCAUGUCCUCUUGUUCUUGAUACCUGUUCUUAAUGCUGCCUUCAUGUGUCAGGUUGUCCAUCUUUCCAUCCAGGAUACUCUGUGGCUGGUAAGUGAAGACUAACACAAUGGGCUGCUCUAACCUUUGUUCUGCACCAAGCCUAUUCCACAGCUCUGAGGUGACCUGCAGGAAGUUUAUCAUUGAGUUUCUCCACUGUGAGGGAAACGACGAGAAAUGUGCCAACCUCAAAGUGAACCUGUCACUGAAGAAUGACCAUCAUGUUCUUUUCAAGUUGAUCCCAAGGAACUGUGAUAGCAACAAUUCCCAUUGAAAGGGAUAAUAACUUACUGGCUGAUACAUGCACGGUGGAUAAAUGUUCUGAGUUACCGGAAUUUGGGAUAAACAUAUGAUAGUAAUGCAAUUGCAGUGGCACGGUAGCAUGGUGGUUAGCACAAUGCUUUUACAGUACCAGUGACCUGGGUUCAAUUCCCACAGCGGCCUGUAAGGAGUUUGUAUGUUCUCCUUUUGACCGGGUUUCCUCAUACAGUCCACGAUUAGUGGGUUAAUUGGUUAUUAGCUAUACUUUAGCUCAUCUAGUCCACCUUCUCCCAUCGAUCUGCACUGGGACCAUAGCCCUCCGUACCCCUACCAUCCAGGUACCUAUUCAAACUUGUCUUGAAUGCUGAGAUCGAGCUUGCAUGCACCUCUUGAGCUGGCAGCUCGUUCCACACUCUGAGGACCCUCUGAGUGAAGAAGUUUCCCUUAUAUUCUCCUGUAGGUAGUCCCAUGAUUGGGCUGGGCUUAAAUCCUGGGAUUGCUGGGCAGCGCAGCUUGAAAGGCUGUAUAUCAAUAAAAAAACAUUUGAUUGCUAUUUAAUGAAAUGUGGUCACGUCCGGUAUGAACAGGAUCUGGAGGGGUGGUAAUGUCCUUCAUAGCUUCAUGUGCCCAGAAAGAUUCCUCUCUUUCCAUGAAUAUGGUUAAAAGACAAUGUAAAUGACCAUUCUGGCAUUCUCUCUGCUGUUAUGGUGGGAAAUUAGAAGAAACCCUUAUUGAUGAAAUUGUGUAUGUGAAGUGAUAUUAAGCUCUUGAAUUGCAUGUCGAUCUAAACACAAGCAAGAGACAGGAGAGUGGUGAGGAAGAAAGUGGAAUCGUGUUAUUGUCACUGAUAUGACAUGAAGUUUGUUGUUUUGAAGUAGCAAUACAGGUCAAGACAAAAAUCUACCAUAAGCUACCAAAAUACAUAAAUAGUGCAAAAGGAGAAUAAUGAGGUAUUGUUUAUGGACCAUUCCGGAAUCUGAUGGCGGGAAAAAGAAGCUGUUUCUAAAACAUUGACUCUUGGUCUUCAGGCUCCUGUACAUCCUCCCUGAUGGUAGUAAUGAGAAGAGGACAUGUCCCGGAUGGCUGAGGGUCUUUAAUGAUGGAUGCUGCUUUCUUGAAAUGGUUGAAAUCCUGCUAAUCACAAAAUCUUGAAGUGAAUUGUUUCAAGCAUUGCUGAAGGAAGGUUUUAUAAAUGAGUUAAAUAAGGUCAAAGAUAUAGGGGCAAAAUUAGGCCUUUCACCUCAUGAAGUCUGGUCAACCAUUACAUCAUUGCUGAUUUUUUUUCCAACCCCAUUCUCCUGCCUUCUUGCUAUGACCCUUAACCUUAUCUAUCAAGAUCCUAUCAAUUUCUUCUGCAAGUGACUGGAUGAACUCGAGUCAGUGUUGAUUGGCACAUAGAAGGAUUUUAAGUCUGUGGCACUUUUCUGCCUUUGGAUGCAGCCAAUUUGUAGCCUAAAUCCCCUCAACCACAAAUUCUCAAUGUGCUUUACUGGGAAAAGAUCAAUAACAACAUUAUUCUUAAGAAGUGUCCAUUAGGUAGCACCAUUAAUUGUACUGUUUUACAAAUGAAAACAUGACAUGUUGAGAGCAAGUCAUUAUAACCAAAACUUAUUGUAGAUCAAGGGUUCCCAAACUUUUUUAUCCAACGGACCUCUACCAUUAACUGAGGGGUCCGUGAACCCCGGGUUGGGGGCCCCUCCUUUAGAUACUUAAAACUGUGUAUAGUUUGUGAGUUCCGUUCUUCUCAUUGGUGGUAUUGUGGUUAGUGUAAUCCUAUUACAGCCCAGAGUUCAAUUCUGCUGCUUUCUGUAAAAAGUUUGUAUCUCUUUCCCGUGAGUGCAUAUGUUUCCUCCAGAAUUUCCGGUUUCCUUCCACAGCCCAAAGACGUAUUGGUUAGUAGGUUAAUUGGUCAUUGUAAAUUGUCCUGUGAUUAGGCAAGUGCUAAGUAGUUGAGUUUCUGGUGGUGCAGCUCACUGGGCUAAGAGGGCCUGUUCUACACUGUAUCUCUAAGUAAAAUAAAUAAUUACUUGCUGGAGUACGAAUUCCUAGGUUGCUUUUGAACUAGUAUUCAUAAUGGAGAUGUGAGUGUGAUACAAAGCACAAUGGGAGCUUCAUUGUUUCCACGCAUUAGCAGUUACUGUUUGACUCAUGCAGUAGAGUUAGCAUGAUUCCUCAAAGUGGUAACAUGCAGUUAUGAAUUCUUUGAAAACCUGCUGUUAGGCUGUUGCAGCUUCGAUGCACCUGAACAUUGUGAUUUUACUGGAAGAAAGCCAGGAACGAGAAUUUUAAAAUGUGUCUUCAACAAGCAAUUUUUAUACACAUUUGAACUUCACAAACCUUAAUUAUUAAAGGAUGCCAUGGAAUGUACAUCCUGUUGAUUGUAGAUUAUUGGGUUUUGAUAAUAUAAGCACAUAUUUUACAGCAUAUGCUGUAUGAAAGCAUAAAGCUAUUUAGCACAUACUCAUAAAUAGUGUCAAUAAAACAUUGGUAUGUAUCAAGUUAUUAUAUAGCAUAUGAUGUUCAUUUGCAGUAAUACUAAUAUAAUAUUUUUUAUAGCUGUGCUGCCCAUGAACAUUUUCCUGUUAUCUCCUAAGAACUAUAACUUACAACUAUUCUCCCAACUAACUUGACAUUUUCAUUGUUAAUGCCAAUGAUAAUAUCACUUCAGUUCCAUAAUCUGAUGGUUGCAACUUAGUUCGAGGCAGGUAUAAUAAUCACAUUGCCUGCAUACACGUUAUGGGAUGUAGUGUAGUCUAAAUUACUUAUAAUGUUCCUUACUAAAGACAUGGCAUGGCAGUAAUAUAUUUAUAUAAAAGACUAAUCUUAUGAAAUGCAAACCUUAUGAAAGUAUUAAUACAUACCUGUGUUGAGUGAUUCUGAAUUUGAUCCGUAUUAUGUUGAGCACCGCAUCAAAUGUAUUUUAGAAUAUAUAUUGAAUUUGUUACCUUGCACAAACCAAAUGAUUAAAGUAUAUAUUUUUCUAAUUAUCUUGUUUACCCUGAAGUAGUUACAUAAUGUAUUGCAAAGCAAUGUUUAAUCAUAGCUAAACUGUUUAUGUAUUUCAACAAACUGUGUAAACAUUUCACUGGACAAUUAAUUUUUGCCGUUAAAACUUGACAGAUAUCAGCUUUAUUGAAAAUGUACAACAAAACAGUAAUUUAUAAGAUUAACAUGGUUUAUCAAACACUGGCCAUUUUACUGAUACUGGCCCUAUAAAAGCAUUAGUAAAAUGACAUACAUUAAUGUCUAUUUUUAAAGGAACAUUAGACAGAAUGAAACAGUAAAUCAACUUUGGCAAGUUGCAGGAAUCCAGCCCAGACUGAAGAGAAUAAUGUUUCUAUCAUUGUUCUUUCAAAAGGAUUUUCUCAAUCUUCCACUGCAAAUAUGGUGAAAAUUUACCAGGAACCACACAGCUAACCACACAAAGAGUUAGCUUGCAUUAUUUGUCUUUUCCCAAACCUCUGUGAGCAUGAAGGGGGGAAUUUUGGAGUGCUGUGCAGAAACUCCAGAUAUCUGUGCUUAUCUGUAGAGUUCCAACAGCUUAGGUGGUUUCCAUCGUCACAGGUCCAUACCAACUUUAAUUUCCCACAGGUGGCAUACUCAGUCAACUUUACAGGUGUCUCACCACAUAGCCUUCAAUGCUGACACCCUGUUGUAUACAACAUUGGCACAAUUGUUUCUUAUUUUAAAACAGCCAGGUUUAUUGGACUACGUAACUGCUUUCAAAACAUUAAGUUGAUUUAUAAUUCAACAUUUAAAUGCCAACUAUUUUUUUCACUGAGCAGGAUUCUUGUGCUUGUAAGUCAUAUUUCCAUUAAGCAUUGAAACACUGUUGCAUUGUAUUCUCAAUA